GCUGCGCGGUUUAAGCCGAAAGUCUACUGUCCGUUCCGGAGGGCUGUGUUUGUUGCUGUGAUACGAUGUGCCUGGAUAUUUGGAGGCACAAGAAGAAGGUGUUGCCGCUGCUACUGCUGAUGGCCAUCGGCAGUAUUAUCUACUAUCUAUAUACCCUGGAAUUGGAGCGGGAGCUUGAAGAAGGCGCUGCUUCGACCACUUCUCGUUUGGAGCGUGACAUUAGAGAUCUGCAGGCGGUCUUCGAGUCGGAGGUCAUUCCGGAUCUGGGAGCUUUGGGUCGUCCGGCGCGGGGCAAUUGGACUGAAGAGCAGUUGGAGGCCAUCGACAAAAGUCAGCGGGAAACGGGUUACAAUGCUUGGCUCUCCAAGCGCAUCUCACCUGAGCGAACGCUCUACGACAUGCGACAUCGCAGCUGCAAAAAGCUCAAGUACCCGCUGGAAAAGCUCCCGUCGGUCAGUGUGGUGAUAACAUAUCACAAUGAGGAGGCGAGCGUGCUGCUGCGAACGCUGAGCAGCUUGAGGAGCCGGACUCCGGUCCAGCUGCUUCGGGAGGUUAUCCUGGUGGACGACGGGAGCACGCAGGUGGACGAGAAGCUCAACGACUUCAUUAAGAUCAAGUUCCUUAAUAUGGUGCAGCACCGCAGGAUCACAACCCAGGUGGGUCUGAUGCAUGCCAGAGUCGUGGGCGCUGAACUGGCCCUGGCCGACGUCCUGGUCUUCCUUGACUGCCAUGUGGAGGUGACCAAAGGCUGGCUGGAGCCACUCCUCGCUCCCAUUUUGGAGGACAACAGGACCUGCACUACUCCAAUCAUAGACACCAUUGACUUCGAUACCUUCGCCUACAGAAGGGGCAAGCCGUCGAGGGGCUUCUUCAACUGGGAGUUCAAUUAUAUUCAGCUUCCACUCCUCAAGGAGGAGGCCGUAGCCAUGCCGGCACCGCAUAAGAAUCCCAUAAUGAAUGGUGGUCUCUUUGCCAUUGGACGUGAGUGGUUCUCGAAGCUUGGCGGCUACGACAAGAAAUUGAAGAUCUGGGGAGCCGAGCAGUUCGAGCUGAGCCUUAAGUUGUGGCUGUGCGGCGGACAGAUCCUAGAAGUCCCCUGCUCAAGGAUUGGCCACCUCUUUAGAGACGGAAAAUUCCAAGUGCGCUAUACCAACAAGGAUAAAAAUAGCGAGAGGAAACUUAUUUCUAGGAACUACCGCCGAGUGGCUGAGAUUUGGUUAGAUGAAUACAAGGACAAGCUAUUUGCCAACAUGCCACAUUUAACAGUAAUUCCGGUUGGCAAUCUUGCCGAGCAACGAGACCUCAAGAAGCGCCUCCACUGCAAGCCUUUCAAGUGGUUCUUGGACAACCUCGCAGCGGAUUUCCUGAACCUAUAUCCCAUAUUAGAUCCCGCAGAAUACGCCUCUGGAGUAUUACAAAGUGUAUCAUCACCGAAACUGUGUCUGGAUCGCAAAGAACCUCGGAAUGGUCAACCCAAACUGGGUCCUUGCAGUUCGGACCACGUAUUCCCCAGUCCGGAGCAGUAUUGGAGCCUAACCAAUCGUAGGGAGUUGCGAUCCGGAUUCUACUGCUUGGAGGUGCGCAAUCAAGGAGUGAAUGUUCAUAUAUACCAAUGCCAUGGCCAGAGUGGAAACCAGUUCUGGUCCUUCGACUCCAAGACCCAUCAGGUGGUCUCCGGCCAACAGCAAAACUUAAGGCAUUGCCUGGAGGCGCAGCCGGAAUCAAAUUCGGUUACUUCGAGUGUCUGUGAUCUGAAAAACCAUAGGCAAAGGUGGAAAUUCGGAUAUCAGAAUAAACAAAGACUCCAACAUUUUUGGGAUAAUGUCAAGACGCAGUAGGAGAAAUUUAAGGCAUUGUCAAAAGCUUUGUC